CGUAGCGUACGCACAGCGCUCACUCCUGCGCACCGCGAUCAAGGAUUGUUCCUUAUUUAAAUUUUCAAUUAAUUAAGCACCAUCUCGUUCGCGCGUAUUGAUACAUGGUGAGAUGGAUAGAUAAACAGAUAAUUUAAGUGUUCGUGAUAGAAUCCUGUUAGAAUUGUUUAUUUAUAAUGGUGAUUAUGUGGAAUUUAUUGGUAUUUGUUGUGGCUGUAACCUUUUAUCCCUAUUCAGUUGAUGGAUCAUUAGCAGACCAACUGGCUGAGACCACGCAGCUAUGUUGCUACCAAGGCACUAUGUAUGCGAGAAACCACACUUCAGAGGACUGUUCCUCUUCGAUUCCUCCCGAAGUGCCCUCAACGUUCGGCAAGCUUUGUGUCUUUGCUAUGGACGAAUGCUGUGAAGAGUACUUUCGAAAGAAGAAAGACUGCCAAAUGGGAAUUGAUCUAGCGACUUCUACAAAGUCUUGUGUAUCAACUCAGGACUCUACUAAGAAAUGUUGCUUCCAAUGCUUGGGCGGCACAUCGAUCGGCAGAGCACGCGGCGCGUCGGCGUGCAGUCUCCCCAUCAGCGGCAAAAGCGCUGAACAGCUGCUAGCGGCGGACGCGUACUCGCAGUGUUGCAAGAACUCGGCAGAGAAAAUUUCUGUGCCAACGUCUCCGGCGCCACGAACAGUUUACAAAGAUGAGGAGGUCUAUUCUGUUUGUGAAGAAUACGCCCCCAAUGAGUUAUGUGCUCAUCAUUGCAUCCCACUGCCGGGGUCUUACAAGUGCGAAUGUAAUCCAGGGUUCAUGCUCAUGCCUGAUGGGAAGAAUUGUAAAGAGGUUACCAAGAACAGGUGCAAGCCGCACAACCCGUGUCAGCACAAGUGUAACGACAACGGGGUCGAGGUGAAGUGCUCCUGCCGACGCGGGUACCAGCUCAUGGCAGAUGGAAAGUCCUGCCAGGAUAUCGAUGAAUGUACGUUAGACCCGCCAGUGUGUCCAAACACACAAUGCCACAAUAUCCUGGGCUCCUACAAAUGUAUCCCAUUAAAACAUCCCAAGAACCAGGAUAAGGGAAAGUGUCCGAGCGGUUUCACCAGGAAUCUGGCUAACAAUGCUUGUGAUGACAUAGACGAAUGCAAGUUGCCGAACCCCCCCUGCCCCCCCCACCUGUGCACCAACUCGGUGGGCGGGUACGCGUGCGGCGGCGCGGCCGGCGACCCCGCCAGCUGGCCGCGCCGCGAGCUGCGCUGCCCGCACGGCUUCCGCGCCGCCGGACACGACGACUGCGAGGAUGUGGACGAAUGCGCAAUGAACAAACACAACUGCAACAAGCUCUCCCAGUUCUGCAUCAACACGCGCGGUUCCUACCACUGUCAGGACAAAGCGUCACUGCAUUGCCCGCCUGGCUUUAAGAUUGACAGAAGUACUAAUAGGUGUGAAGAUAUCGAUGAAUGUGAAGAAAACGAUGAUAUUUGCAAACCGGACGAGAUCUGUGUCAACGUCCCCGGGGAGUAUGACUGUAAACCUAAACACAGCUUUUCUCAAAUUUCCAAUAAAGCAGCCAAAUCAGCAUGUCCAGAUGGUAUGAGAGAGAAUCAAGAUACAAAAGUAUGCGAAGAUAUAGACGAAUGUGCGGAAGGCACGCACUUGUGCGAUCAGUACCAGAACUGUUUGAACACUAACUCCAGCCACGAGUGCAUCUGCAAGGAGGGCUUUGAGCUAGACCACACCACUGGAGCCUGUGUUGAUAUAAACGAGUGCGCCACCGACCAGAACACUUGCAUCCCGGAGUCCCAGCGCUGCGACAACACUGUGGGCUCGUAUCUCUGCAUUCGGUUCAUCUCCUGCGGCACGGGAUAUAUACUCCACCAUUCUACUAGCACUUGUGAAGACAUCGACGAAUGCGCCAUCGGCACGGACAACUGCGCGCGCGCGGGGCCGGAGUACCGCUGCGUCAACAUCCCCGGCUCCUUCCGCUGCCAGCGCAGCCGCCCCGCCGCGCCGCCCCCGCCGCCCCCCACACCCCCCACACCCGCGCCCUCCCCACCCGAAUACGAAUACGAGUAUUACGAUACUGACGAUGAAAUAGAAGGUGCUCAAAAUAGUACCGAGUCAGAAACAACAACAACACCCCAACCGCAACCAACAACAAUGACGGUAUCAUCGAGCACAACCAGUACAACUCCUGCACCAGCUAAAACCGAUACGGAACCGAAGGUCGACAAUAACAUCGAUGUUGACGAACCAAAAAAAACAGAAGAACCAUUUGAAGCACCAAAACCAACUGAAACAAGCAGAACAGAACCAAAGGAGGCAGAUAGAGAUAUCUAUCAUUUCGAUCCAGAGAACGAACCAAGAAAACCAGAUAUACCGAACGAACCAGUGUAUCCCGUCACUUAUCCAGAUAUAAAACCUACAGAAAAACAAAAUGAAGUUACAGAAAGUACUCAGCCAACGCCAACUUCUCCUAAAAUGGUUUAUGUGGAUGUUGGUGAAGGUACUGCGAUAUUGAAGGGUGAUAAAAAAGACGAUGGGUCUGUAGAGGUCAACACAAAAGAUGUACCGAAGAAUGAAUGGACUCUAAUACACGGAAAGCCAACGGAUUGCCAGCCUGGGUUUGAACUGGAUGAAUCCGGCGCUUGUUUUGAUAUCGAUGAAUGUGCAACAAACCAUCACACAUGCUCAGGCUUAACUGAAACAUGUCGAAACACUAUGGGCGGUUAUCUGUGUGAGUGUGCAAACGGUUUCCGUCGAGAUUUGUCUUCCGGUAUUUGCGUGUUCAUCAUCACAUCGACUUCGACUUCGACUACACUAACGCCUUGGACAACCUCUACUGCUUCUUCCACGACAACCUCAACGACAACCUCGACUACGACUUCAGCGCCUACAAGUUCGACUUCGACUACAACUAGCACUGUUGCACCGACAAGUUCUUCGACUAGAAAUUACUUCUGGGGCUACCCUGACUACCGGCCAGUUAAAACGAGACCGUUUGUGCCGAUGACAACGUGUGAUGCUGGAUAUCGGUACAACGUGCGACUCGGCACAUGCGAGGACGUGGACGAGUGCGCGAGCGGCGCGAGCGGCGCGGCGAACUGCGCGGCGGGCGAGGUGUGCGCGAACACGGCGGGCGGCUACCGCUGCGAGUGCGCGCCGCGCUGGCGCCUCGACGCGCGCCGCCAGCGCUGCGUGCCCGACGCCGCCGGGGGCUUCCCCGGCGGGUACGGCAACCAGCCGGAAUAUUCUCCAGUGGAUCCUCAAGAUAUUCCCAAAACAAAUCACGGAGGCCAAAUCGCUGAACCUGCUGUUACUCCUUCUGAACACAGUGGUCCGACCUGCCCUUGGGGCUCUAAAUUAGGAGAUGACAAUACAUGCCAAGAUAUAGACGAGUGCGCGACCGGAGAAGCCAAGUGUGGGCCGCUACAGUUGUGCACCAACUUGCCUGGCGGAUACACUUGCAGCUGUCCCAUCGGGCACCGCCUCAUCGGCGACCACGAGUGUGAAGAUGUUGACGAGUGCGCGAUGGGUGGUAGUGUGCCCAUAUGCUCCCAAAAUGCGGAUUGCGUGAACACGGUGGGAGCUUAUCAAUGUCGCUGCCACGAUGGUUUUAAACCUGCUCCCAUUAAUGAUAAGGUGUGCGUGGACGUGGACGAGUGCGCGGCGGCGCGCGCGGGCGCGCUGUGCGAGCAGCGCUGCAGCAACGUGUGGGGCUCCUACCGGUGCUCCUGCCACCGCGGCUACCGCCUGCAGCCCGACAACAGAACUUGCGCAGAUGUAAAUGAAUGCACGGAGUUCAAAUCGAAGAACCUGUGUGUGGGACGGUGUGUCAACGAGCCGGGAAGCUAUCGCUGCACUUGCCCCUCUGGAUAUCGACUCUCCGAGGAUAAGAGGAGCUGUAUUGACAUAGACGAGUGCGAGACGGGCGAGGCGCCGUGCGCGCGGGGCGGGGCGCGGGGCGGGGCGCGGGGCGGCGUGUCGGACGUGUGCCUCAACACGCGCGGCUCCUUCCGCUGCCACCGCAUCGCCUGCCCGCCCGGCUACCGCCUCGAGAGCCGCCACCGCUGCACCAAGAUCCAAACGUACUGUCCGCCGGCGGACUGGGAGUGCGCGCACCAGCCCAGCACUUACAGCUAUAACUUCAUCACUUUUGUCUCCAUGUUGGACAUCCGGGAUUCUAAGGUGGACUUAUUCACAAUGCGCGGCCCGAACUGGCCCUACGCGAAGAUGAACUUCAAGUUGCAGCUGAUCGAUGUUAACGCGCCGCCUUCCGUUGCUGAGAAGGCUGAUAUCAAUGCCUUCCUUCUGGUCCAAACGGGCAACCAAGCGGUGAUGUCGCUGACGCGGCCGCUCGCCGGCCCGCAGAGCGUGGAGCUCGAGCUGUCCAUGGAGCUGUUCAGCCGCGGACAGUUCGGCGGCAUCGCCGUCGCCAAGCUCUUUAUACACGUCUCCGAAUACGAGUUCUGAUUCCACCUCAUGUCUAUAUAUAAACCAAUUGUUAAUAUGAAUCCAUCGCGGAAUUGUAAACUACGAUUUGUGAUCCGCUUGUAAUGUUUACAAGUUAACGCGUUCAUUCUGGAUAGAUUUACAAUGCGUCGAUAAAUUCGUUCCGCUGGUUAUGGAUUGCAAGUUUUGUGUAUUUACUCAGUAAUUAAGUGAGGUAACUUCUUAAAUAUACGAUCGUUCAAGGGAUGUUUAAAUUUGGUGGAUAAUUCUAUAUGUAUUAUGGAAACAGAGAUAUCAUAUUCACGUUCAUAUUUGAUGCAAGAAUACGAGAUACGUAUUAACAUUACUGAAAUUACCCAGGCACCAAUUGCUCCACCUGUCGAAUAAAAAUAAAACAGUAUGUGACAUUAUUAAUUAUUCAGCGUAAAUUAUAACUAAUUGAAUAUUUGUGAUUUGUAAUGUCAAAUAAAUGCAAGAAAAUAAUAUGUAAUUGAAGUAUAUUGACUGGACUGUUGAUAAUACUUUUUAAAGAAUGCUCUCAUUCAGAAUAAAAACAUAAGUCUCACGAUUUAUUUUUAUUAAAUUUGAUAAGUUACAAUAACAUUUUGGGUAUCCUAUAGUACAAAUGAUGCAUAUUUCAGACGUUUAAAAAACUCAGAACAUUACUUUUACAUAGACUCAAGUUGUUUGAGGAUAAUUGUUAAUUCAAGUUGAAAUUCGUUUUAUCUAUUUGAAAAUAACUGGUCAGUAAGAUGAUGAGUAUCAUGAAUUAUACAAUGAAAACUACGACGUAUAUUUUUUAUAUGAAAUUAUAAAAAAAUUAUCAAGGGACAUAAGAAUAUUAUAGUUUUUAUGUAAUUGCAUUUUACAAUAAAUGUGCCAUGUUUAUAAAUCUACUGGAAUCAGUAUUUCAUAAGUUUAAGAAUAUUAUUUUUUACCCAAAUCCCUUUAUGUAUAUUUCAUAUGAUUGUUCACUUUCGGGAAUCGAAUUCGUGAUUACUCGAUUCACUUGUUUGUAAUCUUUAGAAUUAAGCAUUGUGUACGAAUGUUAAAUAUUUGUUAAGGUAAAUAAAAUAUCGAAAU